AUGGAUUAUGCUGGACCGGUUUACUUGAAGCCCAUCCAUAAGCGAGCUGCCUCGCCGAAAGCGUAUAUAUGCAUUUUUAUAUGUUUCUGUACCAAGGCAGUGCACAUUGAAUUGGUCAGUGACCUAUCAACGUCAGCUUUUCUGGCCACACUUCGUCGGUUCAUAGCCCGUCGCGGACGGCCAACCGACCUGUAUUCCGACAACGGUAAAAAUUUUCAAGGCGCUUGUAACGAGCUCGAAGACUUAUACCGAAUGCUGCAGGAUGAAGAGAAGAUUCAUCAGAUCACAACGAACCAUAUCAGCGAGCAAAUCACUUGGCAUUUCAGUCCACCGAAAGCCCCACAUUUCGGGGGACUGUGGGAGUCAGCGGUGAAAGUGGCAAAGUGUCAACUAUACCGUCAACUCGGCAAUUCCAAGCUGUCCUUCGAAGACCUCACCACUGUGCUGACACAAAUCGAAUCCAGCAUGAAUUCGCGGCCCUUAGUACCACUGAGCGAGGACCCAAAUGACAUCACCGCGUUAACUCCUGCGCACUUCUUGAUCGGUGAUUCUUUGCAAUUGCUUCCGGAACAAGACUUGCAUAGAACACCACUAAAUCGCCUCGUUGAACGUUAUCAACAAAUCCAGGGAAUCUAUCAACAGUUCUGGCAUCAUUGGAAGAAAGAGUAUCUUCAGGAGCUUCAACGGGAUACGAAAACCUGUCACCCCAAUACGGAUAUCCAACCAGGAAGACUAGUUGUACUGAUGGAUGAGUUUCAAAUGCCAGUUAAAUGGCCACUAGCUCGAAUAAUUGCUGUUCAUCCUGGAAAGGACAAGUUAGUACGCGUUGUUUCAUUGCGCACCGGACGAGGAGUGAUCGUGCGACCAAUUACAAAAAUUUGUUUGCUGCCGAUGGAAGAAACCAAGGACAAUCAGGGAUCGACGGAAUAUGAGCAAGCGGCGAUGCCAACGAACACACUUCCAGAGAGUUCUCGUUGA